GGGAGGGACACUUUUGGUCUUUAGACGAACAGCCAGUGUAUUCGUUCAUUCACUCAGCAGUUUUGUUUUUGAGAAAGGUUCUCACGUAAAACUCUGCUGUGAUGUAAAGGAUGGCCUUGAACUCUUCAUCCCCAGUCUCCUUUAGAUUGCUGGAAUUACAGACGUGCAAAAAAAAAAAAAAAUCAAGCUGGAUUUUUUUGUGUUGCUCAGAUAUUUGUGCAUGCUCAGUAGGCAUUCUACCAAUUGAGCUUCCUCCCCAGCCCUAGUUAUUUUUUAUGCAGAUGCUGUCUCCUCCCUAUGCCUUCCGAGUUCUGGGAUAUAGGUCUGCAUCAGCACGCCCAAUGUGUCAUUCAGGACAUACUGGGAUUACUCCCUCUGUACUCAUUAUUUUCUAAACUGGGAAGUACAGCUCAGAACUCGACACGGGGAAGUAUUGGGCGUGUGGUGCCUUAUGGUCAAGAGACCAGUCGGCGAGUGAAGUUAAUCCUAAGAGGUGACCAGGGCUGUGAAGACAGUGCAUGGCAACUAAGGACUGUCUUUCAUUAGGAGUCCAGGAAAAACGAAGAUGCUAGAAGUUUGGUAAGAUGAGUUGAAUCUUCUGGUGAUCAUCGUCGACACCAACCCGAUUUGGUGGGGAAAGCAAGCGUUAAAGGAAUCCCAGUUUACUUUAUCCAAAUGCAUGGAUGCAGUGAUGGUGCUGGCAAAUUCCCACCUGUUCAUGAACCGCUCCAACCAGCUGGCUGUCAUCGCCAGUCACAUUCAGGAAAGUCGAUUCUUAUACCCGGGGAAGAAUGGCAGACUCGGAGACUUCUUCGGAGACCCUGGCAGCGCCCUUCCUGACUGUAAUCCCUCUGGGAGCAAAGAUGGGAAAUAUGAGCUCUUGACUGCCGCCAAUGACGUGAUCGCUGAGGAGAUCAAGGAUCUGAUGACCAAGAGUGACCUCAAGGGCCAGCAUACAGAGACACUACUGGCAGGAUCUCUCGCCAAGGCUCUUUGCUACAUCCACAGAGUGAACAAGGCAGUUAAAGAUAAUCAGGAGAUGAAAUCAAGGAUUUUGGUGAUCAAGGCUGCAGAGGACAGCGCCCUGCAGUACAUGAACUUCAUGAACGUCAUCUUUGCUGCGCAGAAGCAGAAUAUCCUCAUUGAUGCCUGCGUCCUAGACUCGGAUUCGGGGCUCCUCCAGCAGGCUUGUGACAUCACUGGGGGACUAUACCUGAAGGUGCCUCAGAUGCCUUCUCUCCUGCAAUACUUACUGUGGGUUUUUCUUCCGGAUCAAGAUCAGCGGUCUCAGCUAAUCCUCCCGCCUCCAAUCCAUGUGGACUACCGGGCUGCCUGCUUCUGCCAUCGCAGUCUCAUUGAGAUUGGCUAUGUCUGCUCCGUGUGUCUGUCUAUCUUCUGCAACUUCAGCCCCAUCUGCACCACGUGCGAGACAGCGUUUAAGAUCUCCCUCCCUCCUGUGCUGAAGGCCAAGAAGAAGAAACAGAAGGUGUCCCUGUGACCAGCCACCCAGCUUCCCCAUCUCUCUGUAGGGAACACGGAGGAAUUCUUCGAAACAGUGCUCUUGCCCUGUGCUUCUAGGGUGUAAAGCUGAAGAGGCCCCACACCUCUGAUUUAUAUGGAAAGGGGGAGAGGCGUUUUUGUUUGUUGUUGUAGGGUAGCAGUUGCCUAGCAGAUCUAAGCUGUGGCUGUUCUGUUAGUUGUCGUUUUGAUGUUUGGUGCUGGGUCUUGAGCCCCAGCCUCCCAGGGCCUCGGCCGGUGGCCCACCACUGAGUCAGCUCCCCGGGACUUUAUCCUCUGAUGGUCCUCUCUCAAAGCUUACGGUGGAUGCUGGGUCUUCUGUACAUCAAGAUUGCUACUGUGUGAGGUUGGCAUGCCAUUCAGGAAGGUGACCAGCACUGGGUCAAGGGCUCCGUCAUAACACGGGCAUCUUACUUGCUCAGGUGGCACACUGCUAGAAUCUUGAACUGGGAGGCUGAGACAGUAAAGUUUUGGGUUCAGAUCCUGCCUGGGAUAUGUAUAAGAUCCUGGCUUUUUUUUUUAAAGAACAUUUUACUUCAAAUAAAUUGUUUCCUUUAACUAUAUUCAAAUGUCACCUGACCUAAAGGCACAGCCUUCAAUCUCAGCACUCAGGGCACAGAGACAAGUGUAUCUCUGAGUUUGAGGCCAGCCUGGUCUACUGAGUGAGUUCAAACCAACUAGGGUUGCAUCUUGCCACCUUGUUUACAAAAAUUUAAAAACCAGUAACAUUACCAUUGGUGAACUGUUGCAUACUAGAAAUGUAAAUGAAUUCAAUAGAAACAUUUGUAAUAUCAACAAUAAAAAUCCUAUUUUUAUAUUUA